AUGGGCUUUUGCACCGGGACGACCCAGGAAGGAAGAGGAUUUGUUUCGUUACACACCGGGGGCUUAGGUGAAGGAAUGAGCCAUUGGGGUAAGCUGGGGCUGUUUGAAGGCACGAUUUUCGGGGAGCCAGCCGGCUUUUUUGGCUUUGUCAAGGACGCUGCCUGCUGCACUCUCUCCAAAGGACACAUGUACCGGGAAACAAGGGCUGGAACUGGCGUUAGGGCGUCAAAGGGUUAUCCACGUAUUGUAAGCGAAGCUACCAGCGAGCACUGCGGGCCCGCAUGGAAUUACGAACUUCACCUGUUAUACGGUGGGGUGGGCUGUGAAGGCAACGGCACCACUUGGUGUGCAUCAUGUUGUCCUUUGAGCGGUAUGUUUGGGGGAGAGUUCCAGGUCUUUGCUAGGUGCUGGCGCUGGCCCAAGAGGGGCAGUGUUGCGGGCGGUGAUGGAGCACCUGCUAGCCGCAACGCCGUGAAAACAUGGUAUUACAAGAGUCAGAUCGGGGUUGUAACUGUAAAGAGUAAGCAUCACGUCCAAGGUGGCCCGACCUCGGAUACUCAGCGUGUGCUGAUUGAGAAACUUUGGCUCUAUAUUGGCACAGUGAUGCCGGCACAAUUUGCAGCACCAAGCGCCUCAAUAUCGCCCCGAAUCGUCACGGCGCCCGAUUUUCAAUGUUGCUCGUCCUGGCGUCUUCGUGUCGCAUUAAACGACGCGCAGCCUGUAGCUGCGUGGCUGGCUUGGGGCCUUGAGCGCGGAUGCGAGCUCACACCGAAGCUAAAGAGAUUCUCUUCACUCGACAUACGCCUGCAAUGGUUGCUGUGGUGUCUGAGAGAGACAUCCGGCUGGGCGCACAAACUCGCAGCCAUAAGGAGGCUCACCGACAAGCUAGUGUGGCUGCUGAUCAAGGCACCCAGGGGACAGUGUCGGACCAACGCGAUUGGCCAGCGUAGCUUCAACGUUGAACAAGUGGGCUAUCAAGCCGCUUGGGGAGGCUAA